AUGGAGAAUCCACACGAGCAAGUGCAGAAUGCCUUGUUAUCACGGAUAAUUAAUAAUAUGGAAAAUUUGAAUGAGUCUAUAGUUACAAUGAAUAAAUCGCUUCAAGAGCUUAAUAGAGAGAAUAUGAAUAGUGAAUUAUUAUCACAAAUGUGGGAAAAUUAUUCUAAGAAUUCUCAAUUUAACUUGGAGGCUACUGGACAGGUCCAGGAACCAAUUUAG